ACCACUCUCUUCGCUUCAUAUUCUUUCUGUUGUAUUCUCAGAUGAACGAAACUGACAACGAGCAUGAAUGGAAUGACAAGGGGCCAGCCUGCCCGGCGCAAUAGAGCGAGAGCUGUCUUCGCGCUCCCAACCAUCACCUCGCCCAGUGGAGCGAAGGAUCGUAUAAUGAAUGAGAGCAACGUGGUGUGGGUGCUUUUCUGGCGACAUUGAUCACUGUUGCUGCACGUAAACCCAUGGAUUCCGCACGCGCAUCAACGUCGCCAUUGCCGUCUGGAUGUUAUUAGAUGAUUGCGACGAGGUCGCGUGCUUUCUUUCCUCCCCUCCCUCCCUUCAUGCUCUGUCGGCAGAUCGACCUUUGCAAAUGUCCUACAUUAAGAAGCAUGCUCAGAAUUCCAUACUAUUUGUACCUGGGAUGAAUGGGAGGCAAGAACAGCAAGGGAGAGGUGCCCUAUUGUUCAACACCAACCUGGAGUUCUCCGUCUUCAAAGGUCUCGCGGAGUAGAUCGCUUCCAAUCAAGGCAUUCACUAGAAGGCUUAGUCACGAUUAUGGAGGGUCUUUCAGGGAUACGCCUCUGCUCGAGGAUACGGACGAUUUCGAUCACGCUCAAGAGUACCAAAGACUCAUCGAACUAGAGAAGUCGAACAAAAAGCAGACGUUUUCUGCAAAAUAUAAUUCAGUUCUCUGCGGAACAGUGAAACAAGAGGCUACACAUUGCUGUAUCGGAUCUCUCCGAGGUUCGAGAGAAGAGGUUCUCUAUGAAGACGACGAUGAAGAAUCUAUAGCCAAUGAAGACCAGCAACCUUCUAAACCAACAAACUUCAAAUCCGAUCCUACCUUUUCAAGGGCAGUAGGUUGCAGCAGAUUGGAAUCUCAGUCUGUCUCAUCUCUCGCCGAAAUACUGGGCGAAUCUGAAGGGUUUGUAGCAGGCGAGGUUGCUUCUGAAAUUCCAAUCGACUCAGUUUUAGCUCAUGACUUGUGCGCCAGCGAGGAUUCCGAAGAGCCUGUUGUCGAAGUAAACGAGUGUCCGAGGGUACCAUCCCAGCAAGAUCUGCUUCUUUCACCUAGGAGCUGUGAUUCUAACCACAGCAACUUGCCCAUAGCCGCCGAAUUUGUUGACAUUCCUUUGGAUGCUGAGCCAGUGAGUGCUAACAGUGAUUUUCACCCGUAUGUAGAGUUUCAAUGCAACGACAGUGUCUCCGCUGUGUUCGAAGACAAUACAUUGCUCGAAGUCAAAUCACUAUUAGUUGAGGACGAAGACCACAGAAUAUCUACAGCUUUUAAUUGUCUUGACACAGCUGAGGUCUGCCAUCAUGUACCGUCAGACAAUUCGUUGAUCGAGGCAUCCAACCACUCGUCUCGGGCUAAUAAACAUUCUGGAAAACUCAAGACUUGGAGACGCUUGAAGAGGAUUACUAUUGAGAAGGGGGAGGAUAGUUCUGUAAGCGCUCAUCUUGGGUGUGAGGGUGAAGAAAACAUGAAUGGUAGGGGGAAAGUAAACAUAUCAUUCACCAACCCUGGAAAGCGUUCUGGUUCACAAAGGACCAGUUUUGCGGAUACCAGGGAUUUGUUUUGGGAUCCCUCUUGUGGGAAGAAGAUGAAGGAUGGGAUGGGAGCAGAGGAUCUGGUUCCCUCCGACAUACAGCCUGAUGCUUUUGCAUGGGGUUUGGUCGGUCACUCCGACCCUUUCUUGGGCUACGAUGCUGCUGGUUUUUUCGCUAAGGUCCCUGUUAGAGGAGACCAAAUGAGUGCAACUUACACGAGAAGGUCUCCAGUCAAGAACAGUAAAGGCACAGCCUUAGCUCGAAAAGUGCGUGGACUCAGGGCCUCUCCAAAGCCUGUUUCAUCCUUGGAGAGUUGUCUUAUGGCUCAGAUGGCAGAUUCAUUUGAUCGUAAUCGAGUGAAGACCAUUUCUCGAUCUCUAAAUUUCUCCACUUCAAUAACUGAGAAUGGCGAACUUGAGAAAUCGAGGAUUGUCGACGGUCCAGCCUUGCCUCGCUGUAGCAACAACGCGGUUGACGACAGCAUAUCUGUUCAUAAGCAGUCUAGUCUACCGAGUCUACCAAAUCUCUCAAAAUUCUUGAAGGAAUAUGCUGCAAACCUGGCAUCAACUAGCACGGAUGAGAGUAGUGCCAACGGCGGCACGAGCAACCCAAGUGCUUCAGAUAACGGUCGGACUCUUGGCGCUUCUAACGAUGGCAAUUGUUCAACAGUAGCUUCUUUCGAGACUUUGCUAUUCAGUUUUGGAGUGGGCCUUGGGGUGUUGUUUGGUUCUGGGUCACUUAAAAGUGAAGUGAAAAGGUUGUCCCAGCUUCUGGAAGAAACACAGGCGAAUUUUGAGUCUUUGAAGCUGGAACUUUCGAAAAGAAAAAGUCCUGCAGGCAUGAAUAGUUCCGACGUAGCCUCCGUAAAUGGCCUACAACAGGAAGAUGAAAUGGCUGAUCUCGAAGCCGAGCUGGAAGCUGAACUUGAUCAGCUUACUGGGGGUGACUCUGCAACGGUGGACAGUCAAUACUCUGCCUAUGACGAGCUGGAUACUGAUGGCGUUGUGUCAGUGGUUCACGGUGAUCUAGCACCAACAGGCCUACCUGCCAGAAUAGAAGAAGACUCGGAUGAAGAUCUAUCACCUCCUACACAGGCUGCAUGCUUGAACAAUUGUGCUGUGUCGCCGCGAGAGCUUACGCGCUUAUUGCGCAAAUUGCAGGCUGCUCGUCAAGACGAAUUAAUUACUGAGUUAGAAGAGGAUCUUAAAGCAGCGCAGUCGAAAUUACUAAGUAGGGAGAAGGAGCUUGAGCUGUUAAAGGAAAGAUUGAGUUGCUUAACUGAGGCGUCGUUUGCUUCUGCUUUUGGUGAUGAGUGUUUGAUUCCUUGUACACCUACUAAGGGUGUGACUCCAGUUGACAGGGUCUCAAUAAUCAGCGAAGAGGUGUCAGCUGCUCCUAGAAGUGAUAACACUUCAGGUUGUCAAGACUGCUCUCAAGAUAGUAGGGUGGAAAAUGGUGCCUCAGUCAGUGUUACUGCGUCAGAGAAAUACUCAGGAGGGCCUGAGUUGCAUCUAAAUCUGAGACCUGUAAGGCAAGAAUUAGUGAAAACAAGUUUGCACUCGGAGUCAACAAAGCAGCAGUGUGUUUAUGGACAGGAAUUGGAAGGCAAUGGAAGGAGUUUGAAGGGCAGUGAAAUUUCAAAAGAAUUGGAAGAGGAAGCUGAACGUGCAUCCAAUGAGUUUUUGCAAUCAAUGUUUGAAUUUGUAGGGGAAGGGCCAUCUCACGCUGAAGUGGCUGCGAGGGAUUGCAGACCAAUGCUGGGUAAUGCUCAGAUUAUUACGCAGCUAAUUGACUCAGUUCAUGGUUUGGAGUCAUGUGACGAUCGUGCAGAGAGUGUAGAGUUGUGCAGUACCACUCCAAAUUUUGGUAUCUUCUCAAGUUCAGUGUCAAUUUCAGACACUUGGGAUCAUCCUGUAGAUUCAGCCACUCCUGAAUUGUUUAAAGGUGGAGGCACUAGAGGUGUCUUGUCCUCCCGAACCAAACUUGCGGCAUCGCAUUCGAUCAGGCGGACCACGCGCAACUGUAAUUUGGACAAUCCGAAGCUCAACAGAAAGUUUGGCAAUGAGAUUUCUCCCUCUCCAAAUGUUGACUACUGUGCAGCGAAUAUAAAACACACCGAAGGAAUGGAAUCAUCAAAAACCGUGUCUGAUAUUUCAGAUGCAGAGACUGCGAACCUCAGGACUCCUCACUCUGUUAACUACAUAGAUUCGACAGCAAAGCCUGCCUCUGAGCCUGUAGUCCCUGCUGAUGACGAUCCUUCGUUCUGGGUUGAGGUCGGCCGGGCAGGACUAACGACCCCUGUCGAAAAGGUCAGACAACAGCUGUUCAAGAUGCCUCAAAGUGCUCCAGUGCAGUGGUCAGGGGAGCUGAGCCCCACGGUUCUAGAGAAAAUAGCUCGGUGGGAAGGAUUAAUGGAGGGAGAGACGCCUGGUCCUGCAUCAGGGUGCGAUUGGGAGUGCCAAUCUCGAGCAUCAGAGCUAGAGCAGCAAUGUGAUACGAACUGGUUGUUCGACGGUAUCAAUGUCUUUAGCGAGGAAAAUUUGAUGUUGGAGGCUGACGAGAUGCUCGAAAGGAUGUUGAUAAAGCGAAUUGUUGAGGAAUCUAAGUUUGGCUCUGAUUCUCUAGUUCGAAAGGCGCAAACUGCACUUGCUACCUUAGAGAGGGAGGAUAGUGUUGAGACAGAUAUCUGUCAUGGGGAAGAUGAAUAUCUUAAUGAAAGGACAGAUUCCGAGGCAGAUUUCUGGGGGGGAGCCUCAGAUUCAAAGGAGGAAUGGAAUGAAGAUCAAGAAAAUCAGUCAAAUACUUUGGAUAGUGCAGUGCGUGAGGAGUGCGAAUUCUUUAGUAGACUUCAGAGAACGAGCAAGGAUAGAAGAGCAAUGAAAGUUCUGAGGGAGAAAUCCGAGAAAGUGUUAGCUGUUGCUGGAGGAAUAGAUCUUGAUGUGAUACCGAAUGGCUUGGUUUCGAGAGCACAGCUCUCUACAGGAGAUCAACCUUUUGGAUUUACAGAUGUCUCCACUGAAGAAUGUUCAGAUUGGCCAGCUAAAGGGAAAUACGUGAAGGCGUUGGUUGCAUCCAACAAUAGGGUACUUGAAAGUGAGCUCACCUGUGGUGACGCCAAACAAUUUGCAUACAGACUUGGCUCUCCCGUGAGGCAACGUGGUGGCUAUAGAGAAGAUGAAGGACGAAGUAGAAGGCGCUUCUGACUGAAUCAUACAAGUUUUGUUGGUCAUGAUACUACCGCGAAAGGUCGCGACGCUACUAUUAUCCUGGACCACGAAGCUCCUGCCUUAGCGUAAUGCAUGGGUAUUAUAAACUUUCAAGAUCAUGACAACCAAGUAUACAGAAGAUAUGGCGGCCCCUGGAUUUCAGUACCUGGAAGCAAGCAGCGAGCGUUAUAGAUUUCUCAAAGAAACGUUUUUCUGUCUGCAGAUCUGCUUAUAUCGUAAAAUCGAUUUAUGCAGGCUUAAAGAAGCGAGCAUAAUUGCAGUGGCCCACUUUGGCAUCCCGCUGAUGCACCGCCAAUCUCUGACAGCCGCUGAGGAUGUUGGCUUUUGAAAUGCGGUUGCAGCAAUUCCGUCUCUAACUACACCUUUGCAUUGUAUAGUAAAUUUUUUGCUGGAUUUGGUUUAUCAGGGCACCUGAACUCGAUUGGGGCCAGGGGUGAGUGAGUGCACUGUUGACAGGAAUUAAACAGCUACUCAGAUUUGUACUGUCAAUAACAUCUGUCAUUACACUUAGUAAGCACGUUUCGAGCAACCAGUGACAUGGACCAGUAGUUGUUACUACUGCCAACAACAGAGGCUUUGAUAUUUGUUGCCAACCUGCCAAAAGUGGCUUAGGUCGUCACAUUCGUAGGCUUCAUAUGCUACUGCAGGAAAAAACGUAGUUUUCCUGUAUACAUGCCGACAGGCCCCAAUUGUAAUAUAAUUUUAUUCGUUCAACCUGAUAAUAGAUUCAUGUGAUCUGUUGUAAGAA